CUCACACGAUCAACUUCCAAAAGACUACAAAAGCUGCAACAUCUGUGUUCUGACAGGAAAAGCAAUUCGAUCAACUAUUACAGAUUCAACGUAUCGAAUCCGGUCCAUUCGGAGCGUAACGCAAUCAUGGCGGACGCAAUUACAGAAAGCACAGCUAAGCUUCAGCUCGAUGAGGAAACAGGGGAGAUGGUGUCGAAGGGGGAGUUGAAGAAACGUCUAGCCAAGAGAGCGAAGAAAGCAGCUCAAGCGAAGGCAAAAGCAGAGGCUCCUGCCCCGUUAGCUACCUCAGCUUUAAAGGCAGCUCAGAAAAACGUAAAGGCCGCAGAGGUGGAGCCCAUGAAUAUGUUCGCUCAAGGCUGGCUGGACGAGGUAUACAAGGAACGACCUGUCAAGCCGGUCGUCACUAGAUUUCCUCCUGAGCCCAAUGGAUACUUACACAUUGGCCACGCCAAAGCAAUUGCCGUCAAUUUCGGAUUCGCGAGAUAUCAUGGAGGAGAUUGUUAUCUACGGUUCGACGAUACAAACCCUGAAGCAGAAGAAGAGAAGUUCUUCACGGCUAUCAAGGAUAUUGUCGGAUGGCUAGGCUUUAAGCCUGUGGCAGUUACAUACUCAAGCGACAAUUUUGACAAGCUUUACGAGAAGGCGGAAGAACUCAUCAAGCUCGAGAAGGCAUAUGUGUGUCAUUGUGGAGAUGCAGAAAUCAAAGCUCAAAGAGGAGGCGAGGAGCGAGGACCACGAUUCCGAUGUGAACAUGCGAACCAGUCAAUUGAGCACAACCUGACGGAAUUCCGCGGUAUGCGAGAUGGAAAGUACAAGCCACGGGAAGCAUUUCUGCGGAUGAAGCAGAAUGUCGAAGACGGCAACCCUCAAAUGUGGGACCUAGCUGCCUACAGAGUCUUGGAUGCGGAGCACCACAGGACAGGACCUAAAUGGAAGAUCUACCCAACAUACGAUUUCACACACUGUCUUUGCGACAGCUUUGAAAACAUCACCCAUUCGUUGUGCACUACGGAGUUCAUCCAAUCCAGGGUCUCAUAUGAGUGGCUCAACACCUCACUUGGUGUCUACGAACCUAUGCAAAGAGAGUAUGGACGUCUGAACAUCACAGGCACCGUUCUGUCAAAGCGGAAGAUUGCGAAGCUGGUCAAUGAAGGACACGUUCGUGGCUGGGACGACCCAAGAUUGUACACGCUCAUCGGAAUCAGGAGACGUGGAGUGCCUCCAGGUGCAAUUCUCGAGUUUGUUAACGAGCUUGGCGUUACCACUGCGCCAACCAACAUUCAGCUUGCACGAUUUGACCAAACUAUUCGAAGAUAUCUGGAGCGUACGGUCCCGCGCUUGAUGUUGGUUCUCGACCCUAUUCCUGUGGUCAUUGAAGAUGCCAAAGAAGAAUUCGAUGUGGAGCUUCCUUUCUCCCCAAAGAUCCCAGCUAUGGGUAGUCACUGGGUCAAGUUAACAAAGACCGUGUACAUUGAGCGAAGUGAUUUUAGGGAAGUAGACAGUAAAGAGUACUUCCGUCUUGCCCCAGGAAAAUCCGUCGGUCUUCUUCAGGUCCCAUUACCGAUUAAGGCUGUCUCGUUCACCAAGGACGGAGACAAGGUAACGGAAAUUCGGGCAGUUUACGAUAAGUCGAAGCAGAAACCAAAGACAUACAUCCACUGGGUUGCAGCAGGAUCACGCAAAGUCGAAGUUCGCAUUCAUAAUGCACUUUUUAAGAGCGAGAAACCCGACAACGCUGAAGGCGGCUUCCUCAAUGAUAUCAAUCCCAACAGCGAAGAGAUUUGGCCACAUGCGAUGAUCGAGUCCGGCUUCGAUGAAGUCAGACGACGUGCACCUUGGCCAGAAGCUGCCGGAGAAUCGGAACUUGGCAAAGGUGGCCUCGAAUCUGUGAGAUUCCAGGCGAUGCGUGUUGCGUAUAUGGCCAUGGAUUCGGAUAGCACGAAAGAUAAGGUCAUCUUGAACAGGAUUGUGAGUCUGAAAGAAGAUGCUGGCAAAUAGAAAGGAUUGAAUAAGUCUUGUGAGUUGCAGCGAAUGCAUUAUUGGAGUUUUGUGAGGACGGCAGUGAAAGAAAGGCGCAAUUAUAGAGGAUAAUGAAAAAAUACGACCUACCCUCGGAUCUUUGGUAUCG